AUGGUCAACAUCACUGGGAGUUUUAUCUCGCCGUCCGCGGACGCGACGGUCUCCCCCAAGUUCAUCGCGUCGGUAGGACUCUUGAACACCAUGCUGGAGGGCCUCACAAUCUGGAAGCUGUUGGGAACUUUGUUCAUUGCCGCCGUCCUUUACGAUCAAUUCAUGUACCACUACUACAAGGGCUCAAUCAUCGGUCCAGCAUACAAAAUCCCUUUCAUGGGCCCAUUCUUGGAAUCUGUCAACCCCAAGUUCACUGAAUACAAGGCCAAAUGGGACAGUGGUGAACUGAGCUGUGUUUCCGUCUUCCACAAGUUCGUCGUUAUCGCAUCGACUCGUGACAUGUCCCGGAAGAUCUUCAACUCGCCCGCAUACGUGAAGCCCUGUGUCGUGGAUGCCGCACACAAGCUUCUCGGAAAGACCAACUGGGUCUUCUUGGAUGGUAAGGCGCAUGUCGACUACCGCAAGGGUCUCAACGGUCUGUUCACUCGCCAGGCUCUGAGCAUGUACCUCCCCCGCGUUGAGGAGGUCCUCAAUGUCAGCUUUAAGCGUUUCCAGGAAAAGUCCGCCGCCCUGAACCACGAGCCCACUCCUUGGAUGCCUGACUUCCGUGAGCUCAUGACUGCUCUUUCUUGCCGUACCUUCGUUGGUUACUACAUGUCCGACGAGGUCGUCCAAAAGGUCGCCGACGACUACUACCUCAUUACCGCCGCUCUCGAGCUGGUCAACUUCCCUAUUAUUCUGCCCUACACCAAGACUUGGUACGGCAAACGCGCUGCUGACAUGGUUAUGGUUGAGUUCGCCAAGUGCUCCGCUAAGAGCCGUGCUCGCAUGGCUGCUGGUGGUGAGAUUUUGUGCAUCAUGGACGCUUGGGUCAAGGCCCAGCAGGAUUCUGCCGCAUACCGUGAGAAGAUUGCCAAGGGUAUCCAGGUUGACGACUCCGAGAAGCCUCCCCAGGUUCUGCGUGACUUCAGCGACUACGAGAUCGCCCAGACCAUGUUUACCUUCCUUUUCGCCUCCCAGGAUGCUACCAGCGCCGCCGCUACUUGGUUGUUCCAGCUCAUGGCUGACCGUCCCGAAGUCUUGGACAAGGUCCGUGAGGAGAACCUCCGUGUCCGCAACGGUGACCGCAAUGUUCCCAUCUCCAUGGAGAUCCUGGAUGAGAUGCCCUACACUCGUGCCGUUGUCAAGGAGACCCUGCGCUACCGUCCUCCCGUUAUCAUGGUUCCCUACCUCGUCAAGAAGGAUUUCCCCAUCACCGACAAGAUCACUGUCUCCAAGGGCUCCAUGAUCAUCCCGUCAGUCUGGCCGGCCACUCACGAUGAGGAGGCCUACCCCAACGCCGACUCGUUCGACCCGGACCGCUGGAUCACCGGUGAUGCCGAGGCGCAAACAAAGAACUGGCUGGUCUUUGGCACAGGUCCCCACUACUGCCUGGGUCAGACCUAUGCCCAGCUCUCGCUCAUGGCCAUGAUCGGUAAGGCCAGUAUCGAGAUGGACUGGGAGCACACCCCUACUCCUCUCUCUGAGGACAUCAAGGUUUUUGCCACCAUCUUCCCUAAGGAUGACUGCUUCCUCACCUUCCGUCCCCGCGCUUAA